CUAAAACAGAUCCAAGCUGUUCGAUUGUUGAUUUGAAAUUGCAGUCAGUUCAUGACAGUCACGACUCUCGCUGCCUGUAAGAAAAACUCGACCAAUCGGAACAGAGCAGGUUAAUGUUAACGUAAUUUGAUUGACUGCAAUCCCUAAUAUGUUAAUAUUUAUUCCGGUUAUUUUUUUUUAUGACGUCCUAUCAUCUCUCUUCUUUGUUUUAUUAGAGAAAAACCUGAGAGCGGUCACCGCGACCUUUUUCGUGGGACCGUUCCCGUAUAUCAGUAGGUUUGUUUGCGUUGCUUGAAAUUUUUUGCACUUUAAACGAGAUAAAUAUAUACUCGAGCACUGGAGAAAGAGAAAGCAAAGAUGUCGAGUGCGAAAAGUGCAAGUAACGCGACAGGCCCACUCUUUGGACUCAAAUGGCGUCGAAAAGUGUACAUUUUGUACAAGUGUACACUGUGUACACUUAAUGAAAGAAUUUGACGUAAUGUCAUGAAUGAAUUUGACAAAAAAAUCGAAAUGCCAGCUUGCUGCGUUAAUUCUGGCAGCUUUCUGUGUUAUUUCUUUUACAGGUUUGAAAUUGCCACAUAAUGGACUAAAAAUGGCGGACUGAUUGCGCUACUUUAUAUAUCUAGUAACUUUAAUGUGAAGAGCAAGAUGGAGCAAGACUGUUUUUUUGCUGUUAAUGCAUUGAUGCAUCUCUAACCUAAAAAUUUCCACGCGUUUUGUGCUAUUUAUAUGUAUCCGUGUAAUGUACUUAUGCCGUAUUAUUAUCAUUAAUAUAUUGACAAAUUAGAAUAAUGUUGAAUCUUUUAAACAGAUUUUAAAUUAUUCAUAACUGGUAUAAAGCAGUAAAUUAUGAAGGAGUACACAACAAAACAAUUACAACGUUUUGAAAAGAAAAAAGCAAAAAUGGCAGCAUUAUUGGAAAUUACAAAGCUCAAUGAUAAAGACAAGAAAGUAAAAUUACAAGCUAUAAAGCAGACAGUAACCACUGAUGAAUUAAACAAAUUAAACGAUAGUAAUAUGCCAAAAGACAACUCUCGUAAACGAUUUUGUGAGCAAAAUUCAGAUAAUACAUGUUCAGAAGCUUGUAAAAAAGAAGAAAAUGUUCCUGACGAAUCAGAACUGGAGGAUAAGAAUAAAAAGCCCAGAUUAUGCGAUAGCGAAGAAUACGCGAGUUUGAAGGCAAAACUCAGAGAACGUAAGAAGAGGCUUAAAGCAAUUCCAAGACUCACUCUCAAAGCAGUUGGUGAGAAUGCUACUCUGGAUGUCAGAAACAUAAAAAAGAGAAUACCGAUAUUCCUUAGUGAUAUACAGCACCUUCUACUAUAUUCACUGCUUGGACAUCAUUCUCCCUAUUUACCAGCGAGAUGGUGUCAACUCGAGAAGUAUAACAGAGUAAUGCUGGCUAAUGUAAGCCAUACUGUAGUCCUUGUAUUUGAAGGCUUGUCUUCUUAUCAUUUCAUAGCUUACGAGAACAUGUUCCCUCAUAUAGUAAAUAACUUGAAGCACCGUUUAGAAGUAAUAACACCUGCUGUCUAUGGAGUAUCUAUAACAGAAGAGCUUGCAGCGGUUCCUUUAACAGGAACUCAGAGCGAUAAACUAAUUAAACGAUAUGGUUCUCUAGAAACUGCUUUGCAAACAAAUGGAAAUGUCAUAAAAUUAUUAAGAAAUGUCUUUCCGACGCAUUCGACAGAUAGCUACGUAAAAUUUCCAACCGAAAGCAAUUCCACUGAAAAUUUACCACCAACUGAUAAAUUCUGUAGAACAAAAUUGCUUUUGUCAUUAUGGCAAAUGGUGGAAGAAAAUUAUCCUGUACCUCUGAAAGGAACAUUAGCAGAAAGAUACGGUUCGUAUGUAUUAACGAAAGACAUUUAUGAAGAGGCCACAUCAACGUCGCCAAUGUUUGGCUUGGAUUGCGAAAUGUGUCUGACGACAAGUGGCAACUUGGAGCUCACUAGAAUAACUGUCGUAGAUGAAACCAUGAACGUCAUUUAUGACAGUUUGGUGAAACCAGAGAAUCCGAUAACGAAUUAUCUAACUCGGUAUAGCGGUAUUACCGCAGACAUGCUAGAUAAUGUUACGGUUACACUGCACGACGUUCAGCAGACAUUAAGAACAUUACUUCCUCCGGACGCGAUUCUCGUAGGGCAGAGUUUAAAUUCCGAUUUGCACACGUUAAAAAUGAUGCAUCCCUAUAUCAUCGAUACCUCCAUUAUAUUCAAUCUCACUGGAGACAGGUACAGGAAAACGAAAUUACAGAUUUUGGUGCGCGAGUUUCUCGGGGAGAGCAUUCAAGACAAUCAAGCUGGACAUUGCUCAGCAGAAGAUUCAAAGGCUUCUAUGAAAUUGGUAAAGUUAAAAUUGGCGAACAGUGUAGAUUACGGGGACGCCGUGUUGCUCGGUGAUCGCAGCAUGGCAAUUUUGAAAAUGGAAACCGAUAGUAAAGAAAAACGGGCACUUCAAAAGGCAGAAAUAAAGAGAUAUGCCACAUCAAUAUUUAGUCAUAUUACGAAAAAUAAAGGCACCACCGCCGCCAUCGUGGGUGAUGACGAAGUGAUGUCCGAGUAUUCCAAGUACUUAACGAAUUCGUCUCUUAAUGUCAUGGAUGACGAAAGUUUCGCGAAGGAUGAUCAGGUACGUCUCGUAAUAGCAGAUAACGAUAAACACGCUAUAGAUCGAACUUCGGAAAUAGCGAUGGAGCACGCUUUUGUACUGUGUCACGUGAAACUUAAAGAAGAACAACUGAAAGAUGAACAACUGGAAGAAACGUUUCAUACUAUAAAUAAAUGGACUCGUCAAGUUUGGCAAUGUAGCGCGAAUAAUAGUCUCUCAUGUGUGAUAUUUAGUGGACAAAAUAAUAUCGCAAACGGUUCUUGUUUCUUAAAUAUCAAGACUGAGGAUAUCGGAGUUAUACGAGCUUAAAAAAAUGCUGACACCAUUGAACCAUCUUGAGAAUCACUUGUACGAAAGAUACUAAUUUUGUUAAUAUCGAAUACGAUAGUAUCGAAAAAACUUAUUUGGCUAUGUAUCAGAUUAUAUAAAUAACACGCUUGUACAAAUAAUUUUUAUUAAUAGAAAUAUAUUUUGUUAUUUUCACUUA